AUCCGAGGCUAUCCUCCAACUCUAAUUCAAUAGGAGCUCAGCUGCGCUGUCGGUCUGUCGGCGUCGAGAACGGGCUGACCAUUUCAGGGAGAGCCGUGCACACAGCUGAGACGGUUUAUCGGAACAGCGGACACGAUUCAGGCAGAGACAUUUUAACAUAACCUACACAUGAAGGCAAAUAUGGAAGAAAUCCCCUAAAUUUUGGAUUCCCAGAGCUCGUCUUUUUUUUCUCCCUGGAGCGCAUGUCUUGAUUCUGCCGACUAAUGAGUGAAAAGCAAAAAGAAAUCAAACACCGACCUUGCCACGGAUGAGAGCGUAGUGAUGCUGUGAUAACUGUGACUGAACAGACAGUAGGGGAAAAAAAUCCGCGAGCAGCGACAGGGAGAAGUUGUGCGGGAUAUUGUGGUCAGAUGAGGCAGAUGUUAGUUUGCUGAGGAGGUUGAUAGAUCCCGAGGACCGCGCAGACCACCCUCACAUUAUGGUCCCCGGGGCCCCCAGCACGACCACCACCAUGCUCCCCGCAUCCGAGGCUGCCAAGAUCUACCAGACCAACUACGUGCGCAACUCCCGCGCCAUCGGCGUCCUAUGGGCCAUCUUCACCAUCCUCUUCGCCAUCGUCAACGUGGUGUGCUUCAUCCAGCCGUACUGGAUCGGGGAUGGCGUGGAUACGCCGCAGGCGGGCUACUUCGGUCUGUUCCACUACUGCAUUGGAAACGGGCUGUCCCGGGACUUGACCUGUCAGGGCAGCUUCACCGAGUUCAGCAGCAUUCCCUCCGGUGCGUUCAAAGCUGCCUCCUUCUUCAUCGGCAUGUCCAUGGCGCUGGUGCUCACCUGCAUCACCUGCUUCGCGCUCUUCUUCUUCUGUAGCACCGGCACCGUGUACAAGAUCUGCGGCUGGAUGCAGCUGGCUGCAGGUACGUGUCUGAUUCUGGGCUGCAUGAUCUACCCAGAUGGCUGGGACAGCGACGAGGUGAAAAGGAUGUGUGGCGAACAGACGGAUAAGUACACACUAGGCGCCUGCUCGGUGCGCUGGGCCUACAUCCUGGCCAUCAUGGGCAUCCUGGAUGCUCUCAUCCUCUCCUUUCUGGCCUUCGUCUUAGGAAACCGCCAGGACAGUCUGAUGUCUGAGGAGCUGCUAGGAGACAAGAGCGGUAAUAACGCCAUAUAACGUCUGCUGAUGCCAUUGCAGCAACACACACACAGUGUCUGCAGGUCUUACCACCUAGAUGUAAAGUCACUUCAGGAUCCAGCUUUCCUCUCCUAGUCAACCUUGGAGCUUGGAUGCAGAACUGAUGAGUGGAGAAUCAACAUCAAAGAAGAAGAAGGACAGGAGGAAGUCUGGAAGAAGCCACACAACCUCAUUAUGGAGACUAGGAGACCUUUUGUCCUCCCUGGAAGCUCUUUCUGUAAAAUAGUCCUCAGUUGCAUCUCAAACUGCUAAUUUUUGCAGGAUAAAUACAUUAAAAGACUUUGCCCGUCUUGGUAGGUUCAUCAUCACACCUGAGCUGUUCUGGAGGCGAGGAUUGCAGGAGUGCAGAGGUUCAGCUGAAAAAUAAAAUUAAACAAAGUGUGAAAGACAUGGCACAUCAGCUCCAGGACACAGUUUGGACAAAUACCACAGAGUGGCAUCCGCUCAAAUCGAAUUAAAUCAGAACGCAUUAACAAGACUUUGACCGACACAAAUAAGGUCUUAACAGACUUGAGGUCAAGGCUGUCAGAUCUUCUUUCUUAUCACGUCAACAAACUUCCUGCAAAGGACUCCAGCUUCGACACAGUUUGACCUUUUAAUUUAAACACGAGCAUUGUCUGCAGAGAUGUGAGGGACUGGAGAGAAUGACAGGCUGGAUAAGCGAGCAGGAAGAACACAGCUGUUUUCUUAUAAUUAAAUGUUUGAUGUGAUAGAAUCAAAUGGUAGUAAUUAGAAGUUUUUACUGGUGAGGACUGUGCAAAAACAGAGUAAAAUAUAAGUGUACUAAAAGGGCGAAAACAUUGGUUAUAUAAAGUCUAUAAUCUGUGUAUAGCUGUAUGUUGAUUGUGUCCCUGUGCUUUGUCUUAACUUUAAAUUGUACAUUUUGAAAUGUCAUUUUAUUGUACCAUUAACAGUAUGUGCCAUAGAGUAUCUUGUAAUCUGGCAGUAUUGUGAGGAACUAAAAAGGGAGUAAGUGCUGGACUCGAACUGUGGAUAGGUUUUGUAUUGUUGUAUCUUUCUUAUUUUUGUUUCCUGUCAUCCUUCGCUGUCUCACAACAAGAAAAGAACGAAAGGAAGAAAUGAGUCUAACUUACAAUAAAUGUGUUAAUGGAAAGAACAAAAGAACUUAACAGGUUAUGUGUUUUUGUUUUGGUGCUGAGGUUAGUUGCCUUCAGGUUGGUAGGCUACCGGUUUGGCCUACUCAGAAGGCCGAACUACUUAUACCCGUCUGAAAAACGUAACUUACACAUAUCUGUUUUUCUACACCCAUUGGGUUUAACAAAUAACUUACAGUUUUGGUCAGAAGUUUACGUACAGUCAUCUUGGACAUGAAUGUCCAAAAAAAAAAGAAAGAACUGGAUCCCCAAGUUUAAAAUAGUUUUGGAUUUUCUCUAAAACAUAAACAGGCACAGAUCUGGCUUUUAAGCCUAGUGCACAAAUUUUCAACUGGGUUGGUCGUAGCUUUGGUCAUUCAGGAAGCUUAAACAGCUGGAGGAUCAUCAUUUCAAGUCCAGAAAAAUAUGCAAACUGUCACCCUCAGAUGAACUGGUUAGGAUGCUCAGGAAGCAACAAGGCUCAAGACUGCAAUGAACUGGAAACUGCUGGAACACCAGCAUCAGUGUGCACAGUGAAGGAGGUUCUAUAUCCUUAUGGACUGAAAGCAUCCUGACCAAGAAGGAAGCCCCUGCUCCAAAAUCAAAAACUUCAACCUUGACUGAAAUUUGCAGAUGUUCACACGGGCAAGCCAAAUGCUGUCUGGAGAACGGUUUCAUGGCCAGAUAAGAAAUUAAAGAUGUAUGGUGCACAAUCUUUCCAGUGUCGCAAAAGAGCAGUUCAAGUAAAUCAUUAAAAACCCCAAAUUACCAUGACAUUCAUGCCCAUGAUGGUAUUUGCAAUUGUCUGAUCACAACUGCAUAAGUGCUUCAUAAGGGACUUUUAGAGAUGCUGUUUGCUGGAAACUUGCCCUUACUCUGUGCCAGGCUUGCUAACAAGUGCUACGCUACACCUGUUUCUGUGACCCCCUGACAUUAUGUGACCUGAGGUAAGUAUUUACUCACUGUUCUUGACACCUGUUGACCAAGCACUAGCACUUAUUCUGUAUAUAAAAAACUAUAAUCUGACCAUGACCUACAUUGUAGCCUGCUAAAUAUGUCUUUAGAGAAAUCAUCUUCCAUGAACAUACUUACCAGCUAUCAAAUACUUACAGAUUGGAAAACAUGGUACUCAUAACAAAAAUGUCUUCAUAAGACAUCACAUACUCUAUUCUGUUUUCCCUCUCUCUCCUUGAAUAAAAAUAUAGGUUUUGCACUUGAGCAAGAUGCACUUCUUUUCCACUGCAUGUGUGCCUUUACGGGCCUUUUUUCCAGAUGACCGAGUGAAGUAAAAAGCCAUAAUAAAGCACUCCUAAAGAAAGUACUCCCCUUAUAAUAGGUUUUCUCACAAUCUUUAGCGAGUAAACACAGUUAAUAAGUGGAGAUUAAUCAGUUUUACAUUACACCUGUAGAUGCAUACCAUCCUCAGCUCGUAUGUCUCACUUCUCCUAGAAUUUUUUUCAAUUGUUAGUUCAGGUAAUUAAAUAUUGAAUUGCUACUAUGUUCAUACAGUAAAAUCAAGAAGCACUUCAUAAUACAGCCGAUGACCUGUAGUGUGAUUUACCCACAUUUCAGUACCUGAAAACAAUCUGAAGACCUUAAAGGAAAUAAGAAACAAAUUAUAUUUAAGUAUUUUUAAGUGAUUGUUAUUUUCAGAUUAUUUCUGCGCAGAAGAAGAUGUGAGCUGGUUUAAGUUGGUUUUUGGAGGGGAAAAACACUGAUAGUGUAGAAGUCUUUAAAAACUCACAAAAACUGUAUGUAUCAAAUAUGGUGCACUAGGCAGUAAGGGGUUAAGCCUCUUCACACUGACCUAUGAAUUAUUCAGGCAAAAUAAAGCCAUCUAGUGCCAAAACUGUGGAUUCUGUCAUGGAACAAAAGACAGCCAACAUCCAAAGAAAAGCUUGAAAUGACCUUCAAGAAGCCUGGCACACAGUUCCUGGAGACUACUUAAAAUACAAGAAAGCUUGGCUAAGAUAGUUCAGUCUGUGUUGAAGAACAAAGAUUGUCAUAGCAAACAUU